AUGAACGGCUGGCUAGUCUUCAUCAUAAUCCUGCUACUGCUGCUCUCAAUCUCCUACUUCGGGUGGUACUUUUACGCUCGGUGGAAUGCAUCCCGCAAUGGCCUCCCACCACCCUCGAUGAACCCCAUGGUAGCUUUCAGCCGCUCCUCGCCCUCUGGCGCCGCAACUUCAAACUACCCCGGCCCUGCGCCCACGGGCAUUAAAGGCUGGUUCGACACCCAGCUGCGCAAGUUCAAGAACAGGAACAACCGGUACACAACGGGUAGCGGCUACGAAGACGCAGGCUACAGCGGCGGACGAGGUGUUGGCGGAGGCCGCGGUGCAGGCAGUCGUCUUGAUCCCGAUGAAGCCUGGAGUUCGCGCGUGGGCGACGAAGCAUACUAUGAAGAGCAGGAACUCGGUCUCCACGAACCCGUGUCUACCCAUGGACAAACUGCGAACCCGUAUGCAAACCCUUCCCCAUACAACAACACCACUGAGCCCAGUCGCGGACGCAGCCGCACGAGAGACUCUUACGACGAACAUCUUGACGCACAGAGCGCGCGUAAUCCUUUCGGCGAUGACAACGCGGCGAGUCUGAGAGGCGUGAGUCCCAGGCCAGUGCUAGAUGCUGAUACGAGUUAUCGGGGCGGUGCCACAGCGACCAUGCCAAGCGCUCCCAAGCACAAGAAGGCGGGCAGUGUGGACAGUAACGACAACAGCCCAACGGAGAGCCGGAGAAUCAAGUCCAAUAUUCAUAUUGCUCUUGGUCUUAUUGUCAAAACCUUCAAGAAAGGCAACCAGGAAGCCGCUUCAAUAUCAGUCGUUGAGAUUGAUGUCAUAGUACAAACCACUUCCACUGUAACACUAAGCAUGUCGCGGCAACCUGACAUGCGCGAAAGACUACAACGAGGCCCGUAUGGUCCAAACAACCCUCCACCGCCUCCCGCCGCACCCCCACCAGAAGCUUACGAGCACAAGCGGACGGAUGGUCGAGGUCGCCCGAACCGCAAAAGCAAGAGCGCAGGUGCAGCCGUUCGCCUGUUCACGGGCCAAGGCGUAUGCGAGGUCGUUCGCCUGCCCGCCCUCGAGACUGUUCUGGUACGCGUUGGCCAGGUCAAACCUGAGGUCGAACAUGUUGGCGAUAAGUCGAAUAGAGCGUUCAACGGAGAUUGCAACAAUGACCAUGGCGACGACAUGGGACAGUCUUCAUCGCCCAAGGUUACUGCCGAUGGUCGUUUGUCCGCCAACAUCUGGAGUGACCAAGAACAGUUGAGUGUAUCGCCACCACGUGCUGGUUACUACGUUGAAGACGAGGUCGAUUGGGGCGAAGAUGACGAUGAUGCUCCGGCCAAGUCUGAAAAGCCAGGCCAGUAUCACAUCCACCCACAGCGCGGGACCAUGGUCCAGGAGCCCUUCUUAGGUCUUCCACAUUUCAAGAACGCAGAGGUCGAUGAAAUACCUGCGACAGUGCAAGACCUGCGCGGCUACGACCACCGCAUCAAAGUCAUGUAUGAACGCAAACCCAAGAACCAGCGUUUCAUCAAUGGUGGCAAUGGUAAGGUUGCACCAGCACUGUACGGAUCCGAGCAGCGACACGACCUAGGACUCUGCUUCGCUACCUUCCUCACGCGUAAGCGUUGCGAGAUGGGUGUCAAUUGUCCUUGGCGUCAUCAUCCACUGGCCAACGCGGAGAAGGCCUGGAUCAUUGAGUAUGGCAAAAAGAAGGGUAAAGAGUUCAUCGAAAACAAUGACAGGUGGUGGUCCUACCCUGAGGUACCGGUUCCAGGAGCCAAUAUGCAAGGCUUUGGCGACAAGGACACCUGA